AUGCAUAGCUUUAUUUCUUCGCCUGGAUCCAUCGAGUUUCCCAGUGUGACGAUCUGCAACCUGAACCCGGUCCGGAAAAGCGCCCUGGAAAAUGCUAACGGAGCAGAGUUACAAGAAUUGAAAUUAAGAUAUCAAGAGAUGAAUGUCUUUGCCGACAAACUGGCCAAGGCUUUGAGCAGUCCAAACGAAAAUAGCGACAACGUUAUUCUAAAUGAAAGUCUGGUUGAAUACCGAGCGAAAGUUUCAUCAAUACUUCAACGGACUGGCUACCUCAAUGCACUUGGUCACAAGAAGGACAUAUUCAUUCAGGAAUGCAGAUUUCGUGGCAAGCGUUGUGAUCCAUCCAAUUUCAGUCUGCAAGUAUCACCCAAAUACGGAAACUGCUUCACAUUCAACUCGAAUGAACUGCUAAAAGAGCCAUUAAAGACAUGGCGUGCUGGUCCCAACGGCGGACUCCAUCUUGUUUUGAACAUAGAACCCGACGAAUACCUCCCAUUCGUUGCGGGAGGCUAUGGUGCCAGAGUUGCCAUACACGAGUUUGGAACAUUCGCGUUCGUGCAGCAAGACGGUGUCUCCGUGUCGUCGGGAUUGCGGACACUUCUAGAGCUAACCAUGGCUUGUGAGAUCGCGGAGCUGGAUUUUCUGACUGUUGGUGAAUGCAAGUGUCAGCAAGCCGAGUUUGAAGUACCCCUGACAACUCAUGCAAACAUACCUUUCUGCAACGAAACCAAGGAAGGGGCGGCAUGUUUGAAAAGCAUUCUACAAGGGAUUUUCGAAGGAACGGGCAGUUGGCGGACGUGGAAUGCUGCAACUGACAAGAACUGCAAGAUGUCUUGCCGUGAAAAGCUGUUUAAAGUGAAAUCCUCGUCAGACAAGUGGCCUCAAGAAUCGACAGAGAAUUUUUUUACAUUGGAUGCCUGCCAGCGGGCAAGGAAGAUGAACCCCUCUCACGUUUGUUCUAAACCCAGCAGUGAGAGUAACUUCGUGGCACUGGUCUUAUCUUAUGAUAACACCCGAUAUGAGAACGUUGUAUUGGUACCUGAUUUACCGCUUUCUGAACUACAAGCGAAUGUUGGUGGCACCCUGGGCCUAUGGGCCGGUAUAUCCCUCCUGACGUUAACGGAAUUUAUCGUCCUGAUCAUGGAGCUACUUCGGAUCCUCCUUAGGAACCGUGGCCGGGCCGAUAUCAGUAACCUUGGUGGUUCGAGCGGAGAUGCGCAGGAAAGUAGAAAUGAUAGUCUAAGGGAAGAAUGGUGCCACAGUGAUGAUAACGGGCCCAACAUGCUGAAAGGGAGUACUAGUAAGCCAGCUGUUUAG